GGCUUCUCACAAAAGUUGUCAAGCGACUAUUUUCGUUUUGGAGCAUCAAACGACUGGUUAGAAAUAUUUGUUCGUUUUGAACGUUUCACUAAUUGUUGUUUUAAUAGGUGAGCUCUUUUUACAAGUGAAGACAUGCAUUCAGCCCACCAAGAAGAACAGAAAUGUAUAAAGAUAGAGUUUAUUGAAGAUUACAGUGAGAACAGGAGUGAUCCAGAACCUUUCAGAAUCAAACAUGAAGAUACUGAAGCACAAAGAGACUUGAUGGAAAAAAGUGAAGAACUGAAUGAAGAGGAGGAGAAACAUCAUGUCAAAACUGAAGAACCCCUUUUGAGUUGCUCUCAGAGCAAAAGUGAAUUUCCAGAGAGACAAACAGCCAACAAAAAAAUCACUUACUCUCCGUGUGGAAAACAUUUCCCAUGCAAUCAAACACUUACAAAUCACAUGAGAACUCACAGCGAAGAGAGUCCACACGCAUGUUAUCAGUGCGAGAAGAGUUUUACAUUAGAAGAAAAGCUUAAUGAUCACAUGAGAAAACACUGUGGGAAAGCGCAACACGUUUGCGAUCUGUGUGGGAAGAGUUUCUCAUUUAAAGUAAGUCUUAAGCGUCACAUGAGCAUUCAUAGAGGAGAGAAGCACACCUGCCUUCAAUGUGGGAAGAGUUUCACAUUAAUCGGACAGCUUAAUUAUCACAUGAAAAUACACAGCGAAGAGACGUCAUUCUCAUGUGAGGAGUGUGGGAAGAGUUUCAGAGGUAAAGGAAAUCUUAAACGUCACAUGAAGAUCCACACGGGAGACAAGCCGUACUCGUGUGCUCAAUGUGGGAAGAGCUUCUCAUAUAAAGCAAGCGUCAACCGGCACAUGAGCAUUCACAGCGGAGAGAAGCCGUACGCGUGUGAUCAAUGUGGAGAACGAUUCAGAGUAAAAGAAAACUUGAAUAACCACGUGAAAAUCCACAGCGGAGAGAAGCUGCACUUCUGUGAGCAGUGUGGGAAGAGUUUCAGAAUUAAUGCGCAUCUUAAACGUCACGUAAAGAUUCACACAGGAGACAGGCCGUACUCAUGUGAUCAGUGCGGGAAGAGUUUCUCAUACAAAGUAAGUCUUAAACAUCACACGAGCCUUCAUAAGGAAGAAAAGCCAUAUGUGUGUGAUCAAUGCGGGAGGAGUUUCAGACUUAAAGGAAAUCUUAAACGUCACACGAAGAUCCACAGAGAAGAUCAGAGACUUGCAUUUAAAGUACAUAACAGAGAGAAGCCUUACAAAUGUAAAAAGUGCGGGAAGAGUUUCACAUAUAAAACAAGUUUUAACCACCACAUGAGUGUUUGUAGUGGAGAGAACUUACACACGUGUGAACAAUGUGGAAAAUGUUUCACCGUAAAAUCCACCCUUAUUGAUCACAUGAAAAUCCACAGCGGAGAGAAGCUGCACACGUGUGCUCAAUGUGGGAAGAGCUUCACGCAAAAAGGACACCUUACUUACCACAUGAAGAUCCACUCUGGAGAGAAGCCGCACGCUUGUGAUCGGUGCGGGAAGAGUUUCAGACAUGCCAACCGGCUUAAAUCACAUCUACAUUCUCAUUCUGGAGAAAGACCGUAUAACUGUGAUCAGUGCAGCAAGACAUUUGCUGGACCGGAAAACCUGAAGAUCCACCUGAAAGUUCAUGCUAAAAAGAAGCCUCACGUGUGUUUGUGUGGAAAGAGCUUUUCAAGACUGGGAGCUUUAAAGGUACACCAGAAAAUACACAGAGAAGUGACUUGAGUGCUUUUAAAGAGGUUUAUUAUAGUUAAUGAAUUGAAAUUGUGCAGGAAUUCACACUAAAGAAAGUGUUCAUACACUGACUACAUUUACAUGGACAUCAGUAGUCUAAUUAUUUGCCUUAAUCUGAAGACAAUAAUAUGAUUAAGGUGUUUACAUGAGUUGCUUUCUGAGUGUUCAUGUCAUGAUAUUGUUUUACAUCUUAUAGGCAAAUUACCGGUUUCAGG